CCCGCGGGAGCCGGCAGAUCCGGGUCUCGUGGCGGACAGUGACGUGGUCCUUCGGAUCCAAAACAGAGCGGGGGAGGAAGCCGGCGGCCCAGAGCAGCAGCGGCGACGGCGGCGUUCCGUGGUCUUUCUGCCGAGACGCCGUUCUUCCCCGGCUCUCACCCUCCCCGCCCCGCCGGUUGUUGUCUGGGCGGAUUUAAACAGUCAAGUAAAAUCAAGCUGGGUAAUCAUGGCAGAAGGUGGCUUCGAUCCCUGUGAAUGUGUUUGCUCUCAUGAACAUGCGAUGAGAAGGCUGAUCAAUCUGUUGCGGCAGUCCCAGUCCUACUGUACGGACACAGAAUGUCCCCGGGAAUUGCCAGGACCCUCUGGUGACAAUGGCACCAGUAUCACUAUGAUCUUGAUGGCCUGGAUGGUAAUUGCGGUGAUCUUGUUCUUGCUGAGACCGCCUAAUCUAAGAGGAUCCAACCUAUCCGGGAAGCCAGCCAGUCCUCAUAAUGGACAGGAUCCACCAGCUCCUCCUGUGGACUAAUUUUAUGAUAUGGGAAGCAAAGACAGCUAACACCUUGCAAGACCAAAUGACUGAAGAUGACCAGAGUACUCCUAACACCAUUAGAACUGAUUUCCUUUUGCACAUGCAGUAUGGGAUGGUAUUGUUUUCAUGAGCUUCUAGAAAUUUCACUUGCAACCUUCUUUUUUGCUUCCUAUGUUGCCACCAUUCCUAUUUACAGUAUAUUUGAGUAAAUGAUUAUAUUAAGAAGUUAUAUGGGGCUUUUUUUGGUUGGACUGAACUUAAAACAUUCCAUUCAUUCUGUUUCUGUGAUCAUCAUUUUUGUGGUGGUUUCUGGCCUAAUUGAAGGAAGGCUGAGAUUUCUGUAUUUAAAUAUUUUAGUUUUAAUAGGGUUUAAGUUGUUCUUUCAUCAGGUAUUUAUAAAGUUACUUGGGAUUAUCUGGGCUUGAGAGACAAUUAGAAUCACCCUGUAUUUCCAUUACUGUGGCAGUUUAUUUCUGGUGGCAAUUUUCUCUAGUUCUUGGGACUAUGUCAGCUUUUGGAAUAUUUUACAAGUUAUAGCUGAAAUCUGUGUCAUUCAUUACAACGCUUAUGUGGCUGGAACGGAAAAGGGGAACUGGUUGUUGACUACUUUUUUACUCCUAUUAAACAUGUCUAAUGUGAAGAAUGCUUUAAAUAAACAUGAUUGAUUAAUGUAGCAGUUGAUUGACAGUCCAUUAUAUGACAUUUGAAAGCCACUGAACACUAGCCUUACAAGGUUCAUGAAAGGAAGGAAAAAGCUCAUUCUUUCUGCCUUUACUAGGUAGAACCUGUCCCGUAGUAACUUAAGUCGUGGUUUAUUUUUAAAUGAGUGCCUCACAGGAAGCUUCUCUUCUAACACUUCCCUGUUAAAAUAAAGUGAUCUUACAUCUGUAUUAGGACCUGUUGGGUUGCAGAUAUUUGAAUCCAUAUUUACUUAUUCACACUAUUUUAUCCAAAGAAAAAUUGUGAGUUUUCUGUUACUUUUCUGACUUAAAAUUUUUUUGAUGUUUUGGUUUAUUGCAUAGGAGAAGGUGGGGGGUAACACCAUACAGAAGCCUGUUUGCUCUCCCCUUAUCUGUUUAGUGAAGGAAUGAAUUAGGGUAGGAUACCAGUGCCAUUUGAAAUAGCUUUUAAAAAUUAGGGGUUGCAUUGUUUUUAUAAUCUGUGUGGUUAGAGAAGUCCCCUCACCCCCGGGGUAGACUGCAGAUGACUUGUGAGGCCAGAACAUAUUUUCCUAUCAAUGUAAGGAUCCCUGCCCCAAGUUAGUGUGGCUUCUUAUUGUGCAGAUUUGAGAAAUUAUUUGUGUGAAUUAAAAAACUUCCUGUAUCAUUGUCCCAUUGAGAGGCCUCUGGUCAGCUGUGUGUUACUCAAUGCUUAUCCACUUCCUUCCCCACCUCUUUCUGUGAUUACAUUCUAGACCACCAAUGUUGUUCAGGGCAUCCCUGCUUGCAUUCCUCCGGGGCUCAAGUUUCUGAAAUGCAUAACCCACUUCUUAGUUAUUUGUGUUUACAGAGAGGUAACAUGACCCAGGUAAGUUAAAUUCUGAAUAGGUGAACACUGCAGAGUAAAGGAUUUCUUCUUACUGUGGUCCACCAGAAGCCUUUCCAACUCUGUGGCUGGUAGAGGUCAGUGCAGACACCAGAAGUAGUGCUGCAAACUUGAAGCCAGGCAAGGCUGCUCAAGGAUUCCAAGCCAGGCCGGGCUGUGUAGGAAGAUCUUUUUUUCCCCCAAAGAAUGUAAUUUAAAGCAGAAAAGGUUGAAUGGCACCAGAUGGAGCUAAAUACUACAGAGUUCCUUUUUGUGCUCUUGUCCUUUUGAUUUUGCAGGUGUGCGUUUAUGUCCCAAGCAGUCUGCUCUCUACCUUGCUCGAAAGCCAGUCCCUGGCAAGAUACUGAUAUGUUUAUUGAAUCUGUGUCUCACAAAUAAUUGAGAAGUGGGUUUGGUGAAGAAAUGAUAUGCAUAGCAAAUUUCUAGUAUUAGCGACCUGGAUAUUUGAAUUGUUAGUCCUAGUUCUUCAGUUAUGUCACAUAAAUUACUGGCAUUACAUCUGAAUAUAUUAAUUAGCCUUUUCCUGUAUGAACCUUUUGUUAAGUAAGUAGUCACAGUUUUUUGUUAAGUAUUAGAAUUUUUUUUAACUUAAAUUUCUCUGAAUUCCUGAAAAGACAGUGUCCUGAACAUAGAGUAUUCUUAUUAACCCAACUAAUAUAUUAUUAUAUUUAAUUCUUAAAGCUUCUCCACGUGGCCUUUUAAUAUUGAGCACAUUCUUAACCAUUACUUGGCUUGUAAACAUUUACUUGGCUACAAUCCUUUUAAAAUUAUCUGGAUAAAAGAGAAAGCUCAUUUUGUUUUUAUCACUUUCAGUUCUUAAUACUGCCUAGAGUUCAUUUUAGAUUCAUUUAGUGUUCAUUUACACAAAAUCAUGGCAUUUUUGGUUUGGGUUGGCAUUCCAUAUGGAAAAAGUUUAACAUUGGAAAUUUUUAAAGAUUUUCAAAAAUAAAUAAGUGUGCCGGGCAUGGUGGUGCACGCCUUUAAUCCCAGCACUUGGGAGGCAGAGGUAGGAGGAUCGCCGUGAGUUCGAGGCCAUCCUGAGUGAUUCACCCAUAGUGAAUUCCAGGUCAGCCUGGGCUAGAGUGAGACCCUACCUUGAAAAAUCAAAACAAACAAACAAAAAUAAGUGUAUCUAAGCACUAUUCCAUGAUCAGUCAAUCAUAUAUUUUACAACUUGUAGAAAUUUUCUAGAGUAGCCAUUGAAUAUAACUGUUCCAUGGUAACAUUGAGUGUCUCUGAUAGUGUUUAUGGCAUUAUCAAUAUCUGAGAUUUUUCAAAGAACGUUGGGUGCCUAUCACUAACGACAGUCUGUCACUCUAAAUGAACAUGCAGUUAGUUUUGACCAGCUUAAAACAGCAACUUGAAGACAGGAAAAUAAAGAGACCUAACAGUGGGUAAAAUUUGUUGUUGCAAUAGUAGAUGGGGUAGUCUUAUAUUUCUCAACUAAAAUUCCUAUGUGUUUGUUACCAUGUCUGAUUACUUUGUUAAAAGCAAAGGUGGUCAUGUGAUAUAUACUAAAUGUAAAUGGUGGUUUUUAAAUGUUUAAAUCAUGCCAAACAAAUCAGUCUGUGCCAUCCAGGAUUUAUUGUCAAUCUUUUACUGAGUACUUGGAUUGGGGUAAAGGGCUUGUACUAUGCACUUUUUAUUAAUAAAUAAAUAGAACAUGUUAGUAA